AUGGGCGUGAUGAAUCUCCUGGCUUCUGGCUUGUUACUGUUGGCUUCGGUUCAAGCCCAGAGCACUGCUCCGGCAUGGGGACAAUUGUAUCCCGGGAUCAAGCACACCAACAACCACAUCGGCCAGAGUCUCAAGCACACCAGCCGUAACUGGCACCAGUACCCGUGCUACGACGACUUUUGUGACAGUGACGACAACAGCAGCUGGCGGCGGCGGUUCCGUCCCCACGACCCUUGUCUCGGCUACCUUCAAGCCAAGCCGACGGGGACGCCCAGCAAGGCCUAUCUCGAUUCGCCCAGCACCGCCGGUCAGUUCAAGAUUGAGGAUGGUCAACUGGUCCACCUCACUGGAUCGUCUUCGCUGUACCUCAACGUCGAGAACCCUGCAGACAAGACCCAGCGGAAGCUCGAGACGUGGUUUGCGACCACCAAGAACACGUACGGCACGUUCGCCUUCCAGGGCGAUACACUUACAUGGAGCACUCCGGAUAUUAACCGCCCUAACCUGGCUGCCUGGCUUGUCUGCGAGAACCAGGAAGUGUUUAUCAACACGGGUGCUUACUUGUACCAGACGCCGGCAGGGUGUUACGAUCAGACUAUACACUCUUACGGAGGCUCAACCGCAGACCUUUAG